UAAAAAUAUUGGUCUGACGAUGCAUCCUCUGUUUCCAGUUUUCCCCUUGUCAUUUGCAUAACAUGGUCAUAAAAUAAUAGAUCAACGUCGAUACAGCUCAUAUACGAUUCACUAUUCAUUCCUAGAUGAAUUUGAUCAAGGAAUACGUCAAUCAACAUUUCGCUAUAAGAAUAGCAACGUGCAGUGCCUGACAGUUUGUUUGUUUAUCGAUGAUAAAAUUUCGAUUGAAUUUUCACGCCUCUAGGCCGUUGGGUUGGAGUGAAAUGAAUUAAAAAUGCUUCGCGAUGAGCCCCCGUUAAUCCAAGCUAUAUUCCAUGGUAACUUGGAACAGGUUAAUUCUCUUUUAAUGCAGCAAGUUGCUGUCAACUUGAGAGAUGCUGAACAAAGAUCGCCUCUGCACGCCGCUGCAUUCAGGGGAGAUCCGGCGAUAAUAGAGGCACUGAUAUCACGAGGAGCUAGCGUUAGUUGCAAGGACAACAAAUGGCUGACUCCGCUGCACAGGGCUUGUCGUUCUGGGAAUUGGAGUGCCGUCAAUGUUCUAUUGAUGCAUCAGGCAGAUGUAAAUAUUCGGGAUCGCAAUUGGCAAACGCCACUUCAUGUUGCCGCCGCAAACAAUGCCGUACAGUGCGCAGAAAGCCUCAUACCUCUGCAAAAUAUAAAUAUCACAGAUAGGGGUGGUAGAACUAGUUUACAUCAUGCCGCCUACAAUGGGCAUUAUGAAAUGACGGAGCUGUUGGUGUCUCAAACUGGUUGCGUGGUCAAUGCCUGUGACAAAAAAGAAAGGAGAGCUCUGCACUAUGCCGCUCACAUGGGGCAUGACGCUAUCGUUAAACUGCUCGUUGAUAACAUGGCUUCUGUCGACGUCAAGGACCGAGAGUUGUACACUCCGUUGCAUGCAGCUGUGGCAUCCGGGAAAGUUAAUUGCGUUUGUAUCAUCAUAGCAGCAGGUGCUGACCUUGAGGCUAAAAAUGUUUACGGCAAUACACCUUUGCACAUCGCAUGUUUCAACGGACAUGCCAACGCGGUCACAGAGUUGAUCAAUCACAAUGCGAACAUUGAAGCGGUGAAUUAUCGUGGCCAGACACCGCUACAUAUCGCAGCUGCGAGCACGCAUUGCGUGUGGUGCUUGGAGGUUUUAUUGCAUUCUGGUGCUCAAAUAAACGUACAAUCUCAGGAUGGUCGUACCCCGUUGCAUAUGACUGCGAUUCAUGGCCGUUUUACACGCUCAAAAAGUCUGUUGGACAGAGAAGCCUCGGUUGACACGCGUGAUAAGAAUGGCAAUACAGCUUUGCAUAUAGCAGCGUGGUAUGGUCAUGAGUGUCUUUCGACGACUUUACUCGAACGUGGCGCUUCACCUGCCGCAAGAAACGCCGAUCAAAGAACCCCACUUCACCUGAGUUGCCUUGCUGGCCACAUAGAAGUAUGCAGAAAACUGUUGCAAGCGGAUAACAGGCGAAUGGAUUCCAGAGACAUCAGGGGUCGUACACCUUUACACUUGGCUGCAUUCAAGGGGUCUGUCGAGUGCCUAGAUUUGCUCCUGUCGAGUGGUGCAAACUUUCGGCUACCCGACAAUGAAAACAGAUUAGCACUGCAUUACGCAGCUGGUCAAGGGCAUUAUCUCUGUGUUUUUACCUUGGUGGGAUUCGUCAGCGACGUCAAUGCCCAGGAUGCCGGUGGUGCGACGCCUUUGCAUCUCGCAGCUGCAUCCUCGAACCCUGCCGAUUCCCAAUCACAGUGCGUCCAGUAUCUGCUCAAACACAAAGCGGAUCCAAGACUUCGGGAUAAACGUGGAUUCACAGCCAUUCAUUAUGCGGUUGCCGGUGGCAAUCAACCCGCCCUCGAAGCGUUGCUUCAGGCAUCGGCACCCUGCAAUCCGUCUAGCCCUCAUCUGUCGGCUACAUCCGCGACAGGUUCGGCGGACAGCCAUCAUCCACCAUCUCCGGCACUCACACCUCUACAUCUCGCGGCCUACCAUGGGCAUGCAGAAAUUUUGAGACUUCUGUUGCCUCUAUUUCCAAACACAAACAUCAAAGAAGAGACUGGAAAAACACCGUUGGAUCUGGCGUCUUACAGAGGUCAUAAGGAAUGCGUACAACUUUUACUAGCGCGUAAUGCCAUCGUCUCAGUACAGGAUUCCAUCACGAGAAGAACUCCUGUGCACUGCGCGGCUGCAGCUGGUCAUUCCGAAUGUUUGAUUUUGUUAUUGGAAAAUUGCGAGGAUCCUUCGGUUAUCGAUCGUUGCGAUGCCAAACAACGAACCGCAUUGGCUUUGGCAGUAGCAAAUGCACACCUUGAUUGUGCCGUGUUGCUUUUAAAAUAUAAGGCCGAUUGCAAUUUGCCCGAUAUAAAUAAGCAUACUCCAUUAUUUCGCGCAGCAAUUCAAGGACUGCACCACAGGCUUGGGGAUCUCCUCUUAAAAAAUGGCGCUAUCGUGGCCGUUCAAGAUGCCAAUGGGAAAACACCUUUGCACUUGGCAGCUGCAUGUGGCAGCCGGUCAGCCCUAGCGGCAUUAAUAGAAGCCGAUCCCAAAGCAGCUACCUUGAAGGAUGAUCAGGGCUGUAACGUGUUGCAUUGGGCAUGCUAUAACGGACAUUCCGACUGUGUCGUCUAUCUUCUCGAGCAAAAUGUGAUAGAUUCUCUGGAAGGAAAUCCUUUUUCGCCGGUGCACUGCGCUGCUUAUCAAGGCUCCGCCAACUGUCUGAUAUUAUUGAUCAGGAAAUUUGGUGGUAGAGCGGUAGCCACGCCAAGGGACACACCCGGAGGACGUUUGCCUCUGCACGUAGCAGCGAGCGCUGGUUCGGCCGAAUGUGCUCGUUUAAUUUUGACCGCGGUUGGCUCAGAGGAGGCAGGUCUCGAAACCCCGGAUUAUGCGGGUCGAACUCCACUGCUCAGUGCCGCUGUUACGGGGCAAUGCAACGCCAUUGAAUUGUUGUUGGAAUGGCACGCCAACGUGAGAGCCGUAGAUGCCAAUAAAAAUACAGCGCUUCAUUUGGCCUGUCAAAGACGCCAGUCACCAGCUGCUCUGGUGUUAUUAGAUCACAUAAACGGCAUGACCGUUGAAGGUGAAACGGCGCAGGAACAACAACAGCAACGUGCCUCGGUGAUAAAUAUGGCAAACAAGCAGAUGAGAACCCCGCUUCACCUUGCGGCUCGAAACGGUCUAGUUUCCGUGACUCGCAGACUCUUACAGCAGGGUGCCAGUGUAGUUGCAGUUGAUGCCGAUGGGCUCACACCAGCCCUUGCCUGUGCUCCGAACCCUACGGUUGCUCGCUGCCUAGCUACCAUACUUGCUGCAAACGGCCAAAAUUGGGAUGCCACUCAAACAACUUCCAUCCAGCAAACGUCUGAAGCUUACUUGAAGAAUCGAUCAGGAGAUUCUCAGCAUAGUUCAGAUUCGGAAUUCUAUUGAUGACAGACAUGAGGGGCUUCGUCAUCGAGCCUGAAAAAUUAUUGAUCGUGGGCCAUGAGCUGUGUUAUGUCUUCCGAUAGGUCCCAUAGAACUGACCGUUACUGGUACAGCAUGCAACUAUUGCACUUCGCCUAAUCAUCUGCCAAUUUUUUGUUGGGGGUAUGUUAGAUUUUAAAUAUGAAAGAAAUUUGCCUUGAUCAAAAGCUUGGUGAAAAUCAAGUGUAAACUUAACUUUGCCGCGACUUGAUUUUUUCAAUCAGGCUUAAUAUGAUAAUACCAUAGCCAACUAUUUGAAGAAAAAAAAUUACCGAUAUUUCGGAGAGAUCUCUAAUUAUUUUACAGUCACAUUAUUACGUCAAAACCCAGAUGUAUAUACCAGAAUGAAUAUUGCUAUGAAAAAAAAAGCCAAAUUGAAAAAAUAAGCAAAAAUCGUGUGAAUACGUUAGCCGAGUAUAAAAAAAUAUUAACAUUAGCUAGCGCAUAGCUAUUUUCUUAUGUAUAUUUUAUGAGAGCUUUCACACCGCGAAAAAACUAAGGUUGUAUUCUUAGCAUCGAUAAUAAUUAGAAGGAUCUGUUUUUUUUACCAAUUGAUUAGAUAAUUCGCGGUUCAUGACAAAUCGUAAUUUGUAAAGCGCAGAUUUACAAUUUGAUAGUCUCCCUAACGGACGAUAAAAUGAAUAAUUUAGUAACGGAUAGUUAGUUCGUAAUCUGAGGAUAUUGCGGCGAUAGAUUCGAGUGCGUAGGAUAAAUUUUUUAAAAGUAAAUUAAUUGUCUCGUAUUUAUCAAAUUUGUAAGGUUUGCUUGGAGCGUGUGUGAUUAUUAUCAAUUGUAUAUAUAGCAGAGAUCUGCUAGGCUUAAGGCAUGCUGCAAUCGUACAUAAACAACGUUCUUAUGAAUAAAAUAUUCUCAUCGAAUAUAAGAAACCAUUUUCCACCGCUAUUUAAAUUCUGGAUUUUGUCCGCAUUUUUCCCGAUUUUUCAAAUUCUUCCCAAAUUUUGUUGAUCUUUCUUUAAUUCAUUGUUAAUUAGUUAAUUUACUUAUUUGCAUAACUUCCGAGAUCAUUGGAAAGUGGCGCCGCCGAAAUGAUUUUGAAUUUUGUUUAUUCCGUUAGAUGGCGGUAGGCGUUGUUGAUUGCAAUUGUUUAAGUUUGGCGCGUUCGAGAUAUUAACGGUUUAUCGAAACUUUGUAAUUGUGUUAUUUAUCUCGCGCAGUGAUCAGUAUAUAAUCCGAAUUAGUAAACUAUAACCGCCUAAUUAGCGUCCCUUUCAAUUAACCGUGCGAAACGGUUCAAACCAAAUUCGAGAGAGCGAAUUGUUGACCGCGAAUAUUACACACGCUCGAGGUACGUUAGAAGUUUGGCUAAUGGCGGGCGGGCUAGAAGGAGUCCUCCGUAGUUGGAAGAGGACGAUGGACUCGCCGAAACUGGGGAUUAUUCCGACAACGCUUUGGAUCGACUUUUACACGUAGCCCAACAAAAGCUCAAGUCUCUUCGGAACUCACGGGUCAUCCGGGUUCCCGGAGAUGGAGGAGGGAUUUUCACGGAUUUUAUGGAGUGGCCAUGCGACGAGAUAAGUGCUUAAUCUUGACGAACAGUUCGGUUGACGCCAUAUACACAGGUAUGUAUCCGUCCACGCGAGAAAAUAUCCCGGUAGGAAAUCCUUUUGUACGUACACAUGUGUUCAUAUACCAACAAAACAUUCCCACAGGAUAAUGUGGGGAACAACGGGAAAACACAUCGGGGGAUUUGAGACGGACACACAAUCGUUGAAUGAAAUACGACGAUGUCAAUUCUUCGAUUCCGAUCUUAUCGUUGUGGCGGCAGGUUUGCUAGAUACGAGGUUAAAUUUGUUGACCUCAAGAUUCGACCCACACCUUUGUAACUUCACCACGUAUUCGUCGUCAUCAACAUCGACUCGACUCGACUUCGUCGUCGUUGUUGUUUACACGGGUUACGCGACAAGUUAAAGCUCAAGCCGAUCCGCCCCUCCUCUCCACGAAUGAAACCAUGAGAUAACGGCUCUCGGAUUACGGUGUUGCUGGUCUUGCAUUGGAGGGAAUGGUACGAAGCUAGCCGUGUAACGGCUGUCUCACCUAUACCUGGAUAUACAUAGUUACUUCACCUACUCCGAGGAGGAGAAGGUACAGUUUCGGAAGGAGUAGGUUGUCAGGUGGGGAAGUAGGUGGCUCAGGUGAGAAAGGGCGAGAGAGGGAGGGGGCUAAUGUUGGAAAGAGGAAUUAUAAUCCAACGAUAUGUAGACGUACGUACAGAGAGAGAUGGAGUGACGGAGAGGGAAAGAGACGACACGUAUCUAGGUGUGUGCAGUCGUACUUUACUCUUCUGGGAGUGUCCGAGAACGACGACGACGACGACGACGACGAGGAGGAAGAAGUGGCGAGAGAGAGAAGAAAAAUAGAAGAAGAAGCGAACGUGGCGCACGGUACCUUCGGCACCGGUGACGGCAUUGAGUUGCAACUAGCGGUUUCGUUCAGUGCUGCCCAUCGCGCAGGCCUGCGCGGAUUUACAUUUACAUAGAUACCGAAAGUGCAGGUUAAGAGAGUGAUGAUUAAAAUGGAAUUUUCACCUUCGACGACGACGACGAUGAUGAUGAUGAUGAUGAUAGUGAUGAUGAUGAAAGAUUGGUAAUGACGUAAGCGGAUUAGUGUCUAAAAUAAUAAAACAGAGGUCGUCGAGCAUCGAAAUAUAAAAGGAUCGAUUCUUUUCUACGCGGUAUAUCCACAACCCUCAACGUAGUAUCUACACCGUCGACAAAAGGGAUGAAAAACUGAAAGAGUUUUAUAGAAAAAUUCCAUGGAAGAAGAGGGAUAAAAAAAACUGAGUCACCAAAUGAAUAAAUUAAAACAAGGGCGAAAGAUCGCAAAAACCGGUUCCGACUUCCAUACACUCGUGGUGCAGGUUAUCCUACGGGAGAGAGAAGAGAGAGCAACGUAGUCGUACGUACGCAUACAGAUAAAAUACGUAGUAAUCGAAUAGACUUGGGAAAAAUUUGAAAAAAAAAACGAAAAGAAAA